AGCUGGCCAGAACAGUUAUGACCUCACGGCUUCUGGCUACUAUCUACUGAAGGUGUGUGACAGAGAGAGAGGGAAAAAGUGAGUAAGGAAGAAGGAAAGGAAAAGAAAGGUGGAAAGAAACAAAGCAGGGAAGUAAAGAGCAGAAAAGAAAGUGAUAGGGAGAGAGCCCGCAAGAGUGACAGCAUCGGAAAACAAACUGAGAGGGAGAGAACGAGAUCAAGAGAGAGACAGAGAGAGCGAGACAGGCAGUAAGAAGCAAAUAAGAGAGUGAGAGAGAGAGAGAGAACCUCCAGCAGAGACAGCAGGGUUUCUCCCCAGAUUAUGGUGACACAGGGCACAUGGAUUUAGUCGAGUUGUACCUGCCGGAGUGCUUUACCUACCACUCUGACACUGAACUCUUGGACAGGAUGUCAGUGCGGGGCUUAGACCUCCCCUGUCCCCCCUCGAUCAAGCGCGAGCCAUCCAGCCCCAGCCCCAGCUCCCAGGGGGACAUCAGCCCUCCUCAGCCCAGCCCAGGGAGCUCCUCCUCAGACACCAACUCCAGCUACGGCCUCCUGAGCAAGAACCACAACCACACCAACGAACUAGACUCACUGGGUCUCUACGGACACACAGCUGGGCUGUCCAGCGACGGAGGAGCCAACAGGAGGUUUGGUGGAGAGGAUGGCCAGGUGAAGUGUGAGUUCAUGCUGGGCUCCGUGGCCAAGCGCCUGUGUCUGGUGUGUGGGGAUGUGGCGUCAGGAUACCACUACGGAGUAGCCUCCUGUGAGGCCUGCAAGGCUUUCUUCAAGAGGACCAUCCAGGGUAAUAUUGAGUACAGCUGCCCAGCCAACAGUGAGUGUGAGAUCACCAAGAGAAGAAGGAAAUCAUGCCAGGCGUGUCGCUUUAUGAAGUGUCUGGCCGUGGGCAUGAUGAGAGAAGGUGUUCGUCUGGACCGCGUGCGUGGAGGCAGACAGAAGUACAAGAGGAGGAUUGAUGCUGAAAACAGCCCGUAUCUCAUCCCUCAGAGCAGCCUGCCUCAGAAGAGAACGUUCCCUCUGGGAGGCAUUGCGGAGAACAAAGUGGUGUCCUUACUGUUGUUAGCUGAGCCCGAAGGGAUCUUUGCCAUGCCAGACCCCACGGUCCCGGACAGCGACAUCAAGGCUUUGACCACACUGUGUGACCUCGCCGACCGCGAACUCGUGGUCAAUAUCGGCUGGGCCAAGCACAUACCAGGUUUCCCCUCGCUCUCGCUGGCAGACCAGAUGAGUCUAUUGCAGAGCGGCUGGAUGGAGAUCCUGAUCCUGCGUGUGGUGUUCCGCUCGCUGGCCUCGGAGGACAAGCUUGUGUACGCUGAAGACUAUGUGAUGGACGAGGAGCAGUCGAAACAGGCAGGUCUGUUUGAUCUCAACAACGCCAUCCUGCAGCUAGUGAGGAAGUUCAGAGCCAUGAAGCUGGAGAGGGAGGAGUUUGUGGUUCUCAAAGCCAUCGCGCUCGCCAACUCAGAUUCUAUGCAAAUUGAGGACUCGGAGGCGGUGCAGGGUCUCCAGGAUGUGCUCCAUGGGGCCCUGCAGGACUACGAGAGCACCCAGCACCCCGAGGACCCCAGGCGGGCAGGCAAGCUCAUCAUGACCCUCCCCUUGCUGCGACAAACAGCCUCCAGGGCCGUUCAGCACUUCUGUAGCAUUAAGCAGGACGGCCGAGUGCCUAUGCAUAAACUGUUCCUAGAGCUGCUGGAGGCUAAGGUCUGACCUUCUCCGGGGAGUGGGUGUGGUUGGUGGUGGUGUGUGUGUCUGGGGGGGGGCGGGGGGGGGGGGGGGGCGGACGGUGAUGGGGGACCUCAAAGGCCCGAGACUGAAACUGGAACUGGAUGGUCCUUAGAACUGGAUUGAUAUCCUUCAAGAAUCCUAAUGUUCUCGAGCUGAGUGCUGGAUACAGGGCACAGUUCCCACAUGCAGUUCAGUAUCUCUGCUACAACAUGCUGUCUGGCUCUUGUGUUUAUCAGGAGUGCGGCCAUUGUGUCACAGCAUUAGACUCUUGCAAAAGCCAAUGUGAGGAGAACGCACUGUUAUCAUUUCUAUUCUUCCAGAGGAAAUAAUGGUUGUGUGGUCUGUUUGACAGAAGGACUAAUGCAGUGUAGUAAAUUGAAGACAAGAUAUUAUAAAACUUGAAGAUCCUCGAGGAUAACCUUACAUAGAAAAACUGCUUGAAGCCUGUUUCGUUUGCAUUGAAAUUAUUUUGUGUUUUCAACUCACUGUAUAUUUUGACAUUUCCAUUUAAGAAGUAACUAAAGGAUAGGCUACAAUAUAUAGUUUUGCCAAAUAAUUAAGUGGUUGUAUCAUUAUUGUCAAAUAGUUUCCAAUCAACACCAUUAAUAUGUAUAGUAUCAUGUAGGGAAAUACUCAACCCUGACCUAUCAGAAGCAUGAAGUGCUACACAUUGAAGAUACCUAUGCACCAUGUGCUCUCCAUAACACGCAAAGUCACUACUGGUAGCCAUCAGGUUACACACUGGCAAUGUCCAUUGAUGAAAGCUAACAUUAAUCUGCCAUCUUGUUUCAAAGUCUUCAACAACAAAACUAUGGCCUCUUUAUUUUUGUUAUUGAAAUAUGUUCAGGGAUGCACUUGAGGAAUAUUGAACUCAUGGUGUACAAAGGUAGAAGAAGAAAAAACAUAUUUAUUGUUUGCUUGAUUAUUAUAAUUAUUUUAUUUACCGGCGUGGCAUUAAUGAAGAAUAACUUUACAUCAUUUUCUAUAGGAUUUUAGCCUCUGUUGUUCAGUGAAGUAAACAAUACCUUUUGUACUUGCUUAACUACUUCACUUACCAUCAUAUUCAAGACAAAGUGAUUUUUACAUACUUGACAAAAUUCAACUCUGAUAAUGUUGUAAAGUUUUAGAUUAUAACUUGUGCAAAGCACUACUUUCUUCUAUCCAUAAGUGGGAACUGGUGGUGGUGUGUUUAUACUGUAUACUGUAUGUCUGUAUGUCAGAGAGUAGAAAUGUCAGAAAUUCAUAUUUUAAUGUACACCUUAAAUGAAGGGAAAUAAAGACAAAAGAUGAGUCAGUAUAGACUAUAACAAAUUCUUAAAUGUUACAGGUUUGUGUUUUAAUGUUUCAUGUCUAUGGUUUGCUCUGUUUGUGUACUGUAUCAGAAUAUCCUGUAUAUUUUUGUGACAAAGUAUACCAGAGAGAGUGAAGCAGCCACACAUCCUGGAGGAGAGGGAGUUAGUGUAUGUCCUUACUUCUGCUGUGUACAGUAUAACGGCCAAUGCCAGACAAGAGAUGCUAUUUGAUCAAUUACCAAUGUUCAGAUUCUCAGGUGGAUUCUAGGGCAAUAAAAAAAAAAACGCUUUCUGUUUCAAAUCUG